GAGCACGAUAUGGUCAGCCAGUUUGAGAGACCAGAGACAACGAACGCGUUCCCGUUCGAGACCGAGAAUCCGAGCGGAGUACCCGGGAUAACUGAGAUCGAGGGACAGGUGAUCGCCGCCAUCGCGGGCCACGUGGCCGAGCGUAUAGAAGGCGUGGUCAACAUCGGCAGGGGCGGGCUUGUGAGGACCGUGACGAGUAUCCUGUCAUCCGAAGCGGCGACCAAGGCCUCGGGAAUCGACGUCGAGGCAGGCAAGCGGGAGGCGAUUCUCGACAUCGACCUCACGGUGAUGUACGGGCACAGCAUUCCCAAUAUCGUCAAAGAGGUGCGCGAGUCCGUCGCCAAGCAGAUCUUCGACCACGUCGGACUAGUGGCGAAGGAGAUCAACGUAGUUGUUACGUCUAUCGAAUUCCCGGACCGGUCCGCCAGGGCGAGACUGAACUGAGGUCCGACCCCGUAAAGAUCCGGUACAUGCUGAAAAUGCGUCGUAAGGCAGGCCGCUGCCAGACCCCCAGCGAAGCAAUCGACGACUGGGCCUUGAACAGGUCUUGGCAGAGGCGCAGCAUGUACCAGGGUCAGGUAACGGUCGAGUGAAACAAUGAACGCUAUUAACCGUCUCAUUGUUUCACUCGGCGCGCUGGUCUUGAUCUCGGCGGGCGUAUACAUCCUGCUAUUGAUCAGCGGUACGCUCGGUCGGAGACAUCAACGGAGAAUACUUCGUUCCGCAGAUCGAGCGAAUUGCCGCGGACACUGGCGCCGAUCUGUGGGCCGACGUUGGUAUAGCGAUCGGAUUUUUGGCGGCCGGUGCCGCCGUCCUGUUCCUCCAACUGGCAUCGCGUGGACGCGGUCGCGGGGGCAGGACGGUCCUGCUCAGUGACGAUGAGCGAGGGUACGUUCGAAUAUCGGUGCAGAGCAUACGAGAGCUGACGGAGCGGACCUCCUACGGGGUGUGA